AUGGAGCUUCCGCCUCUCCCAGUUCCCAUUCUUGACUUCGUCAACUAUGUCGACCAAAAGCCCAAAAACCAAAUUGGGGUUGCUGAAGCGGUGGAACCCUUCAAGACCUACGAAAGUAGACUGAGAGAAAUUUACGCCCAACAACCUGAUCACCAAGCUGCACUCGCAAACCACCUGGUACCUGUCUUCAAGGGUGCUCCUGCCACUAUUCGAGCAAGAGACCUCACAAAGGAGUCUGAUGCUGAUAAAGACAAAUAUCUCCUGGCACUCCCUCAAGAGGCUCGCAGAAGCGACGGCUCACCUGCCACCACGCAAACCCUGAAAGACUUCAGGACCAACUUCAACCUUUUCUCCGAGUCAUCGCUGGUGGAUCUAGACUGGAACAAUGUGGUAUGCGCAGGAAGUGCUGUGGUCACCUCUUUGCUACCCGUUGACGCUCCUCACAACGAGUCCAAGCUCGCACCUGCUUCCGAUGUCGAUCUAUUCCUUUAUGGUUUGAACGAGGAACAAGCGAUCGAGAAAAUCAGACAAAUCGAGACCAAGAUCCGGGAUAGCAUCCUAACCGAGACGACCACCAUUCGCACCAAGAAUGCCAUCACCAUUGUGUCGGCAUACCCCACCCGCCAUGUUCAGAUUGUGCUCCGCUUGUAUAAGAGCAUUUCUGAGAUCCUCACCGGUUUCGACGUGGAUUGCUCCUGUGUAGCCUACGACGGUCAGCAGGUGUGGGCGUCUCCAAGAGCUCUCGCGGCCUUCAUGACCCAGGUGAACACGAUCGAUCUCACAAGACGAUCUCCGUCCUAUGAAAAUCGGCUGUCCAAAUACUCUCACCGUGGCUUCGAGGUGGUAUUCCCAGGUAUUGAUCGGACUCGAAUCGACCCAACCAUCUUCGAGAGAUCUUUCUCAAGGGUACAAGGUCUGGCGAGAUUGCUGGUCCUCGAAAAGCUGCCACAUCCCACCGACAGAGAAAACUACCUCGCAAAACGUCGAGCGGAACGGGGCCGGCCUCCGUUGCCUUGGAACGCUCACUCUCGCCAUGAACUCCCAGGAAAUGUCAAAGAUGCCCAGCCAGAUGACGUGGCUGAAUGGGUGGAAGAGGACGAAGUUUCGAAUUACCACACAGUCUCUAUUCCCUAUGGCCCCAGAUACAAUGCCAAACGAGUUGAGAAGCUUCUGUUCACCAAGGAUUUGCUCCUCAAUGCCGAAUGGAAUAAACCCAAGGACAGAGAGACCAAAUUGCAUCGGCAUCCAGCCUUUUUUGGAUCUGUCAACGAUAUCCUUCAUGACUGCUGCGGAUAUUGCCCUGAGCCAACAACCGACGCAGACUUCGCCGCGCGUGAGGAGGAAGGCAAGAUUUACAUAUCUGGCGAUGUCACGUUCCUCAAAGAUGACCCAGGCAGACAGGCCAUCGGCAGCUUCAAUCCUAUCACCGACACCGACUGGACGGAAAUGGCAUAUAUUGGCAAUACCACGAGGUUGUGUCAAGCAAUAGUCGACCUUGAUCUGGAUGCCGUUAGAGACUGGUUCUCUGCAUCAGAAGCUGUUGAUGUCAAUCGUCGAGAUCCUGCCGGUCGCACACCUCUACAUCUCGCAGUCAUGUGUUCAACCCCUGAAAUUGUCCAGUGUUUGAUUGAACAUGGCGCUCGUCUCGUUGCCAGGUUAUAUAACGGUAUGACCGCCUUGCAUCUUGCUGCCCACCGUGGCGAGGCCCAGAUGAUCAAGGACAUCCUCGACAAGAGCGACGUGAAUGAGGAGCAGGAAGCACUCAAAGAAGACGCGCGAAAAGAGGCCCGAAGGAAGGCUGCCAACACUUCGCAAUCAGCUGACGUUGAUAUGAAGGGCCUCAGCGACAGCGACUCGAGUGACUCCGAAGACUUCGAGGACGAAGGCGAGGGUGAAGACGAAGACGAAGAAGAUGCCAUGACUGAAGGGUCCUUUGUGAAAGUGGACCGUGUCACCGAAGCCCAAGACGCCGAAGAUAAAGAGGGACCAGAUGUCUACGAUGUCGAUGUUCUCGCUUGGGAUAGUCCUCUCUCGCCUCUCCACCUAGCGAUCUUGGGCGGGCACAUGGACGCGGUGAAAGUUCUCGUUGACACUUACGGCGCCGACGUCCUGCUUCCCGUAAAGAUCAUGGAUGAAUACAACCGAAAGCACGCAAAAGCUGCCAUACUGACCAUCAGUCUGGCGUUAGAGCUCCCUUUACAGCUGGCCAAUGAAACAGUCAAAGGUCUGCUUGCCCUCGGGGCGUCAUGCACACAGGCCGAUAUGAACCACAUCUCAGCACUUCACUAUGUGGUCAACAGUGCGAAGACUUUGAUAUUGCAGACUAUGCACUCUGCUGAACCAUCAAACUUUGCUAGCGCCGUCAACUUCAUCUCUAUGUCUGGGUACUGGACCCAACCAACCGUCGAUACACCCCUAUUGACGGCCAUCCGCACUGGCAAAAUGGAACUUGUCGAGGAUCUGGUAGGUAUGGGAGCCAAAACCUACAUCGACUUCGAAGCCUUUGCGCAAGCAUACAAACGCAGUUUCAAUCACGGCUCGAAUGAUCCGGUAGAGGUCAAGAAGCUUUUCCAGAAAUGUGUCGAACAGCCCGUAAUUCUCGCUCUCAAGCACGAAUUGGCCGAAUUUGUUACUCAGCUCAUCGAGAAGGGUGAAGACGUCAAUACAUUAAGUCCUACUGCGUAUCAAUUUCUCCAACACCCAACUCGCUCCGGGGUUCCGUCACCGAUGGCAUUGUUGGAUCUAGUUCGAGAUCGCAUCUCGUCACUUGAAGAUUUCCUAUCUCCAAAAGCUCAGGAGCUGGAGCAGCCAGCUGCACUGAGGGACGAUGAUGAAUACCUUCGCGGCCUCGACGAAGGCUCAUAUUCUCAUUGGACUGCUCUCCAUGACCUGCAGGAUGCAAAGUGGAUCCACCAAUCUCAAAUGAGACUGUACAAGAAAGAACUUGAAGCCAAAAAGAGAAGCUCAGAGAUUGGCAAGGAGGAGAAGGAUGCCGCUAUCAAGGUCACCAUCGCGAAGCUGCGUGGUCUUGAAUCCAAGCUUAACGAGAAGGGCGCCAAAACAUUUUCCGACCUGUAUCCGAAGGCAACUGGCGAGGAAAACACAGAGCAACCUCGCAGACACUAUUUCGGAUCGAACAGUUUCAACAAUGAUCCGUAUGAAACGAAGAUAUCUUUCCAAGUGCCUGAUCUGACUCCGGAGAAGAAGGUCAAAUAUAUUCAGUUGUUCGAAGCUGUGUGGCAGGGCAACUCUGAGACAGUCAAAUCACUCUGUCUCACAGACCCUAACCCACUGCAAGUGGCGAUCAUGGAUCUUCGCGGAUUCACUCCUUUCUCUAUUGCGGCUUUCCGGGGUCAUUACGAGCUGGCGCAGUUGAUUGUCGAGAUUGCUAAGAUCCAGUAUCAACCGAUCGAUGAUUCAAAAAGAUACCACUACGUGCUCGGGACCGGCGACGAUUUCGAUGGAGACAGCGACUGCAGCGAAGAAAGUGAAGGGAGAGAGCACACUUCUCGUGUGAGAGUAGUCGCCGAACUUGUUGAUGAGACCUUCACCAUCAACGACAUUGCUGCGGUGGCCAACAAUGUCAAGUCGAGAGUCUCGCCGGCCACUAUGACCUCCUGGCCUUGCCAGAUCGUGCGAGCCCUCGAGAAUGCCUCUGAUGAGCGACAAGUCCGGCAGGUCUUUGGAGGCAUCCAUACCCAAAACGUCUAUAUCGACGACAACUCAAAACAAUCCUGGGUAUGGUUCCAUUCAGCGUUCAAUUUAACCAGCCAGAUGAACCGUUCCUCCCUGGUGCGAUAUGCCAUUUACGUCAACAACAUGGCGCUUUUGAGAUUCAUCAUCAGAAUCGGCAACGCUCUCGCAGACCAGAAAGAUGAACACGAAUUGCACGUGAUGGCCAUCUCUGGACACGAUUUUGACCUUGCAGUUCGGCUUGGUCGGGUUGAGAUGAUCGGCGAAAUGAUCAGGUCCACCGGAUUUGGAUUCCCUCUUCAGAAAAUGUUCCAGAGAUCAGGCAUUCAGCUCGACGAGAAGCCCAAGUACUACCAGGGUCUCAGCGUUUAUGGCAAAAAGCGUGAGGAUUGGGCAGAAGCAGGUCGUAAAGGGUUUCGCAUCAGACACCUCGACUCGGAUGUGGGCGUUCCUCUGCUAGCCGCCACAGUGGCGGGCAACUUGAAAACUACGGAAUACUACACCUCAGACGCGCCCUUGCGCCACUACCUCGAGUUUGCCGAGACCUUCAAGGAGGACAAACGCAUAAAGGCAUUGAGUAAGACAAAAGUCGGUAUCCGAGGGACUCUGGAUGCAUGGCUGUCGACACGGAAUAACCUCGCACUGCACAUCGGUGUCUUAUCACCUCCCAAGAAAGACGGAACCCAGCCAUGCUUUGACUUCCUGCUGGAGAAGAUGCCCCAUGCACUCGAAGUCCGCUCUACCGACGGGACAACACCGCUCCAGCUGGCCUUCGAAGUCGGAAGAUACUAUGCCGCGAAGAAAUUGAUCGCAGCAGGCGCAAGUCAAGUCACUAAAGACAACGGAGGACGCAACAUCCUCCAUACUAUCCUCGACACCAUCCCCGCUGAUAAGCCUGCCUUACUCAAAUCAGUCCUAAAAAUGCUGGACGAGAAUGUCGUGGCGCCGUUGCUCUACGAGCGAUGUAGCAGCGUUGGGUCCACGGGCAAUACGCCUUUGGCGGUGUUCCUUGGUCACAUCAGCGCCAGUGCAGGAUGGGAAGAAGGUCUCCAGCUUAUCCUGUCUCUCUCGGGCGGGAAAGACCUCGAAAAGAUGAACGGGGCGGGAGACUACCCAUUGCAUUCAGUCGUGCGACAAGGUCACCAGGAACUGGUAAAAUUCAUUGCAGAGUACCGACCAGGAUUAUUGUACUGGGAAAACGCCACAGGAAUGACUGUUGUCGAUGUUGUGACUACGUCGUAUCUGCAACAUCAGAUCGCCAAUCCACCAACACUCGAUCAUACCCCGGACCGAAGCAUCCAAUAUAUCCCUGCACAUGAAUUUCUGGAUGGUCCCAAGUCCGGUUCGAGUAAGGGGGAAAUCCCAGAUGCUGCGGGACGUAGCAGCGAGUGGCGUAUGUACCACCUCAUCAACUCUCUUGUCGCCAAAUAUCCAGCGAAGCGUAAAUUGGUGGCACUGCAUGAUGCCAACGAGGUGGCGAAGCGCCUGGCACUGCAGCAGCAGCACGAACAGAAGGAGGAGAAACGUCGCCGUGAAAGACUUUCUAUGAACGCCCAAAAUUGGAAGUAUCGGGAAUUCAUCCUGGAAACCGACGCAGCUGGCAACGUGCCAGACGAAGUGGCGCACUAUCUGCCUAGAGCGAAGGACUUCACAAAGUGGGACGAGAUGGUUUGGAGAAAGGUGGAAGCGAAAGAGACGACAGGUGAGGACGGUCAAGACAUAGAGAGGGAAUAUCGGCGCCGUGGUAGUGACGCGAGCGUCCUUGAUUGA